AUGGUGCACGAGCUACGCGCGGGCGGCCUGCCUCCGCCGACCGCCGAGGUGCUGGCGCGGCUGUUGCUGCGGUCGCUGGCGGAGCAGGAGUCUCGGUCCAAGGCAAGGCAAUCUUGUCGUCUGUCUCAGCAAGUGACGCUCGAGAGCCAGCACGCGUCGCUUCAGAGGGAGAUGGAGACCUCCGGCAGCGAAGCGGGCUGCGCCGGGCACGAGCGAGACAAGGAGCGGACCGACACGCGCGGUACGCGGCACCUGGAGCGGACCGACACGCGGUACGAGAUCGAGCGGACGCAGGCUGCGAGCCGGCUCGACCUCAACUUGUUCCAGGGGCGUAUGCGAGAGGAGCACGCAAAGACGCACGAGCGCACGACGGAGGCGUUUGCCAGGAUCGACCGCGAGGCCAGCGCGAUCCGCUCCAAGAUCGAGCAGGAGAAGGGAGACCUGCUGCGCUACUCGGUCGGCACAAUGGCGGCCCUCACCGGCCUCGGCCUCACGGCGCUCCGACUGCUCAUGUGAGACAUGAACAGUGCGCAUGUGCAUGUGCAUGUGCAUGUGCAUGUGCAUGUUGUGUGCCGCUGCGUGCGCCCCCGCCGACCGCCCCCUGCCUGCCCCGGCCCUUUCCGCAUUCCGGCGGCCCUGUACCACACUUCAUUCGCUCUCACUUGCUCCACUGCCGUCGUCCAGAGACAGUUCCGUUCCGCUCAGAGGGCUCUCUCUGCCUCUCUCACCUCCACCGUUCCCCUAAAGAUCCCGCUCGUGCAGGGGACCCUAUCCUGGGUUCCAACUUUUUCCGGGGUAUGGUAUGGUACCAUCACGGCCCAAAGGGGUGGGAGGGUAUGGUCCUGACCGCCCAAGACUAGCCAUACCAUA